UUAUUGUGCAGAGAGAGCUAGGGAGGGCGAGCGCGAGAGGACCGGGGCUUUUGUUGACUGAAGACACUUCUUGGACUCUGGAGCUCUCGGCUUGAGUGCUCGCUUUGGCGGAAGAUUGAUCGUCGUGAACUUGGCAGACCUUCAGUGUGUGCUUGUCUACCUGCUGUCGCCUAGAGAGCUAGAUCUAUAAACUGCGUGUUUGCUACGCUCGAGCUCCGGGACGCAGCAAUGGAGCUGGUGGAGCUGGACUGCAGCCCGAGGCUGACACCGCGGAGGUUUCAAGGUACAAACUGCUGUGGUGUACGAGGACCCUCUCCACCUCACUCUCUCUCUUUCUCUGUCCACUCUGCCUUGCUAGGAGAAGCGACGACCAGCCAGUUGGACCGUCCCAACCGGCCUCCGUGCCUGACUGUUCCCGCUGACUCCUCCUCCUCCUCCCCCACGGCCACCGGGGAACGCAGUCUGGCCACUGGCAGCGACUUUACCGAUGACUCUCGGAGGGCCCAGACAAAGAAGGGACAGAAUGACAUCAUAAGGCUAUUGCGACGGAAACGAACCCCCUCUAGUUCUUCGGACGUGGACGACGACCCCCCGCGAACUGCAACCUCCCCGAAAUCCUCUCCUCGCAUGUACAGGAUCCCCCUGAUCGGGAAGAUCCCCCUGACCCCUCUCACCAAGACCUCUCCCAGGUCAGAGCAACGGGCCUCGUGGGGCGGGGACCAACUCAUUGGCGGGAAAUAUGACGUCACCUCAAAGGACAAGUCUGUUCUAGAGAGGAUCUCACACAGAGCUCAUCGCCACGGCGCCAGGGUCCGGAAGCCACACGAGGUAUUUGUGGAGCUGGAGGAGCUGAAAGCUGACAGUGAAGGAAUGGAGUGGGAGGAGACUGCAAGAUGGAUAAAGUUUGAGGAGGAUGUGGAGGGGAGAGGGUGGGGCAGACCACACAUCUCUGCCCUCACCUUCCACAGUCUGUCGGCUCUGAGGAUGACACUGGAGAGUGGAUGUAUUCUACUGGAUGUGGAGGGAGAUGACUUCCCCUCCAUUGUGAGGGUGAUAGUGGCAGAGCUGGUCACCUCCGGGAUGCUGCCAGUGGAGUGUGUGGAGCCCGUGACUCAGGUUCUGUACAAGAGGCACAAACACGCCUCACACAUCACCCUCUGGGAGAAAUUGAAGAAGUCGGCCAGCAGAGGAGGAGAUGAGAACAGCAGGAGUCACUCAAGCACUGGUUUGAACCCUCUAGCAACUAGAGAGGGAGAAGAUGGAGAAGAAGGAGGAGUGAUGUUGGAGGAACAGAAGAGACCUGGGAUACUCCGAACUAUUACGGAGAAGGUGGACUCCAACCAGUCGAUAUCGUCGUCGUCGGUGUCCAAGGCAACCAAUAAGAAGGUGCUGUUCAACAUAUCCUCGGGGACGUCCCUGCAUAAUGGGGCAGAAAUUGUGGAGAUGUCUCCAGCCACAGAGGUUGACAGCAAUGAAUUGAUAACUCUGCCCAACCCUCCUCUUGCCAAGACACAUCAUCACCACCACCACACUGGCUCUGACUUCCUCAGGAAAUGGUUGGAAGAGGGAGUGAUGGACAAGAUACCAGAGGGGGCGGAGUCACUGACGGUACUGGUGGGUGGAGUCAAGUUCCUUUCGGAGCCCAUUGUGGCCUUUGUCCGUCUGGCUCAGAGUCACCUGCUGGGGGACCUGACAGAGGUCCCUGUCCCAGUGAGGUUCAUCUACUUCCUCCUGGGACCACAGGACUGCGACCUUGACUACCAUGAGGUGGGGCGAGCCAUGGCAACCCUCAUGUCGGACAAGCAUUUCCACGAGGUGGCGUACACAGCUCUGAUGGCUGACGACCUGCUGGACGCCAUCGAUGUCUUCCUGGACGACUCCAUUGUCCUCCCUCCUGGAGAUUGGGACGAGAACCUCCUCCUCCCUGUCAUGCACCAGAGGAACGAGAUGAGGAAAAGGAAAGAGAGUAAGGUGAGGGAACACGAGAGGAGGAAGCUCUUUGCAGUGGACCCACUGAGACACAGCCGGAGACCCUGUGGAGGGAUGUGGGCCGACCUCAAGAAACUUGUCAGACGAUAUCCCUCCGAUCUCAGAGACAUGUUCCACAUACAGACGUUUGUGUCCAUCAUCUUCCUCUACGUGGCGUUCCUGGCCCCGGCCAUCGCCUUGGAGGUCUCAUGGAGGAAGUGACGGGGAACCUGAUUGGCGAGACGGAGACACUGCUCAUGACCGGUUUGUCCGGCGUCUUCUACAGUCUGGCUGCCUGCCAACCACUCACCAUUCUGGCCUUCACCGGACCUCUCCUCCUCUUUGAGGAGGUCGUGUUUGCUUUCUCUCAACAGUUUGACAUACCCUACCUGGAAUGGCGGGCAGUAAUUGGAAUAUGGCUGAUGUUGCUCCUCAUAUUGUGUGCCUUGUCAGAGAUCACUUUUCUCGUUACCAAAUUCUCGAGAUUCUCUGAGGAGAUUUUCACGUGGAUAAUCGCCAUCUUCUUUACUUAUGAGGCAACCAAAUCCAUUAUAGGGGUGUUCAAAAGGAACCCACUCUGUUCCCUGGAGGACUAUCCCUGUUCCAAAUACGAUGAUUUCUGUCUGCCUGUCUACGGUGGGAACUACAGCAACUCCUCAUCUCCCACUUGUCUCCUCUCCGCUGGAAAUGGCUUCAAUAACAGGCUACCUUCUGGUUUCAGGGUGUGCAACCAGCCCAACACGGCUCUCUGGUCUCUCAUCCUCUGUCUCUGCACCUUCUUCAUCGCCCUCAUCCUCACCAAACUACGUCGCGGGAAAUCCCUGGGGAAAAAGGUACAUCUUACCUGUAGCCCUAGUAAUUGCGGCUACCAAUUUUAGCGACUUUAAUAUUGCGCAUGCGUGCACAUAGCGCGUGAUUUCCGCAUGGUUAGUUGCGUGCGCUAUACGUGUAUAGUUUAUGCUCUACUGGAGCUUUACUCUGGAGUCUGGAAACAAAAAGGACUUGCAAAGGUUUGUGGUUCUACACUUUGGGUCAGCACAAGAGAAGGAGGAUGAAUAUAUGCACACACAAACCUUUGACUGGCUGUCAUCAUCAUACAUUCAUACAUUAUUGUACACAAAUGAUGUGGGGCCAAAAAUCCCUAUAAUUAGUGUACGCCAAACAUGAUCUGUGCAAAAAUGCAAAAAUUGGUAUCCGCAAUUAAUAGUAACCUUAUAUAGUGUGUUCUUUGAACUGUUGACUUGAUGUAUUUGUCAAUGGAAAGCAGGUG